UCUGUAUGGAAUGUGAUACCAAGUUGCAUAUUGUUGAAUGUGCUUUGCCACCUUCACUCAAAUCCAAAUAUCACCUCCAUCCUUGCACUCUUAAGCCUGGUUUUAUGGAAGAUGAUUCAGGACAAAAUUACUGUAACAUUUGUGAAGAAGAAAGAGAUCCAAAAGAUCAUGUCUAUUAUUGCACAGAAUGUCAAGGACACUUUGUUGCUCACAUAAAUUGCAUGCUUAAUUCGGAAGAAGAAAUUGCAGCAGAAGGAUCCUCAAAUAUGGCAUUGGACUUUCCAAGCACCUCAGGCUGGGCUGAGAGGGAGAGAGUGUCCACUGAUGAAUCGGAGGAAGAUGAUCAAAGCAACAGUGAGGAUUAUUCAGAGGAAGAUGAUCAAAGCAACAGUGAUGAUUAUUCAGAGGAAGAAAAUUAGUUCUGUUAUUGCGUUGGCAGAUGAAUAGAAUAAUGUCAUCAAGGAAACUGUUAUCACUUGAAUGAAAUUGCAUACUUUAUAUUGCAAA